AUGACUGUCAACAACAGUCCGCCCGCCGCCGCAGGGCUGAUCAGCGACGCCAAUGCCUCCAUCUUGGCGUACUGCGUCGCCUCCAUCAGCAUGACCGCGGUCAACAAGUACAUCUUUUCUGGAGGAUCGUGGAACCUCACAUUCUUCUGCCUCACUGUCCAGUCCGUCGUCUGCCUCAUUGCCGUUCUCAUCGGCAAGCACUUUGGCAUGGUCACCACCUUGGGGGCAUACGACUCUCUCAAGGCCAGAAAAUGGUUUCCGCUGUCCGUCCUGCUGGUCGGGAUGAUUUACUCGGGCGCCAAGUCGCUCCAGUAUCUCAGCGUGCCGGUGUACACAAUCUUUAAAAACUUGACCAUCAUUGUCAUUGCAUAUGGCGAAAACGUCUUCUUCGGCACCAAGGUCUCGCGCCUCAUCCUGGUCUCGUUUGGCCUGAUGGUCCUGAGUUCGGUAAUUGCUGCUUGGGCGGACAUCCAAGCGGCGAUCAACGGGCUGCACUCUGUCGACACGGCCGCUGCCACGGCGCAGCUCACAGCUGGCUACACAUGGAUGGGUAUCAACGUCUUCUGCACCUCCGCCUUUCUGAUCGGCUCGCGGAAAGUCAUGAAGGCGUUUAACUUUAGCGACGUCGACACCAUGUUCUACAACAAUUUGCUUUCCAUCCCUGUUCUCGUUCUGGCGUCCGUGUUCCUCGAGGACUGGUCAAGCGAAAACGUCACUCGCAACUUUCCGCCGGAGACGCGGACCGUCCUCAUCAUCAGCAUGAUCUACUCCGGUCUCGGCACCAUCUUCAUCUCCUACACGACCGCCUGGUGCAUCCGCGUCACCUCCUCGACGACGUACUCCAUGGUCGGCGCGCUCAACAAGCUACCCAUGGCCGUCACCGGCUUCAUCUUCUUCGGCGCCCCCGUCACCCUGGGCAGCGUCUCGGCUGUCUUCAUCGCCUUUGUCAGCGGCAUCGUGUAUGCGUGGGCAAAGGUGGUGCAGAGUGAAAAGGCGAAGCUGACCCUGCCCACGACAAACAACGCCUCGACGGAGAAGGACAUGAAGGUUUGA